UGUUAAACAUGUGUUAUACGUAUAAGAAAUGGCUGGAAUAUGUAAUUACAUACAAGUAAAACAUUGUAAUAAAGCAGUCAGGUUGUUUAGCACAAAAGUAUCUUCUAACCUAAAAGCUCCUACGCAAGCUGACCUAAUUGGACCACCUGACCCAGUUUCGAAUUUAAGACCCAUAAUAUUUGCAAGAUCUAAAAAUGAAAGUAACUUAGAGAAGAAAUACAGGGAAGCCAGAGAAGAUACGCAGCUUUGGAAUGAACAUUUCUGGAAAAAGCAUAAUACGAGUUUUAUACAAGAAAGGAAACAAUUUCAAAAAGACCUGAAGGCACAAGGAAAAGAGUCAAUUACUGCAGAUGACAUGUCAGUAUUUUAUAAAGAAUUUUUAGACAAAAAUUGGCAAACUCAUUUAAACUAUAAUAUUGCCUGGUAUAAAAGGAACCUUAAAUUAUUAUUUCUUGAAAUAAGGGUACGACUUGCUAAAUUAAAAUUUAAGUAAUAUAUAUAGAAGUGUUCAAUAAAUAUAUGGUUUAAUUACAUUA